AUGGCGACGGCGACGCGCCGCGCCCGCAAGGCGAGCGACCCGCCGCCCUGCACGCCCGCCGGCGACAACGACGAGUUGAGGGCGCGCAUCCGCGAAGCUUCCUUGAGGCUGAAGCAGGCCCUGUCCUGCCCGGUCUGUCAUGAUUGGUUUUCGGACCCGAUCGCGCUCGGCUGCGGCCACGCGCUCUGCCGCAAGUGCGCGCUGGAAUGGUUGGCAAAUACUCCGUCGUGCCCGAAGUGUCGCACGGCGGCGGACCCGCGCGGGGCAUCUAGACGGGACGUGGCGCGCGAUUUAGAGAGAGCCGUCGCGGCGGCGAGGCCGUGCGUCGCGAUGGCGGGGACGCCUGGACCCAAAAAAAGAGGGAGAGACAGUUAA